AUGGGACCAAGGACAGAUCCUUGUGGAACUCCAGUAGAUAAGGUGAAGCUAGAAGAAAAGUUGGAAUCCCGUGAUGCCAUAUUCUGCCUCAAGCUUUCAAACAUUUCACGCACUCAAAACACUCCGUUCACAUGGUCUCAGAGGCAUCAAAUUAUUCGACAUCACCGAAUCACUCAUCACUCACGCAUCAAAUAUGCAGCUUCCUCCUGGUGUGGUUUUGCCACGCAACAACAACCUCAGCAACUACAAUCUCUCAUCAAAAAGCUAAUUCGCUUCAACUACCUACCUGCAUCAUAUCCUACCGUCACUCAGAUAUUCAACCCACUCGAUUCAAGGCUGUUCAAGAAAAUAGAAAAUAACAACAACCACGUCAUCCUUCCUCUACUACCAUCAAUCAAAACUACAACACACAACCUUCGUCAGCGCAAACAUAACUACCAAGUCGACGCCCAAUCUACAUACCAGGAAAAGAUCUUCAUCACAUGGCACCUCAAACAUAUUAGCACCUAA